AUGGGUCCCGAGCUUCCAUCGACUCACUCUCCGCCUCUGAUGAUUUCCGCCAGCCUGUCCCCCGGCACUAGUACCUUCAUAUCGCAAACUGGGUGGGCGAGUUUCAUCAGCCUUCUCUGUCUCCUGGAGUCCACACACACACACACAUUGAUGAUGAUGAUUGUUUCAUGUGUCUCGCUUUAUGACCGGCUACCUAACUGUCCACA